AUGUCGACGACGAAUUCCACUUCCCCGCCCGACUCUCCACUGCAACAACUAACGCUGGAUGACUUGGAUAUACCCUCCACCGAAGCCGAGACCGAGGCUGAGGCUAGUGGAUCAGAUGUGGUCAAUAGUAUCGAGUCUAUUCCUUUAGAGCUCCGUCUCUCGAUAUUAUCAUAUCUCAAUAUCAAAGAAAUCAAACAGUUCUCACUGUGCUCAAGAGUUUGUCGCAUAGCCAGCCUUCCGAUCCUCUACCGCCGUCUUAAUCUAGCAUAUGUGUACAACUCAGCAAUAGACCGUGGUAUCACGCCCACAACCCGUCUGGAUCAAAUACAAGCGGCGUUCUUGGACCCGGACGGUAGUUUGCAUAACCUCCAGGAUAUUGUUCGUCACGUAACCAUUGAUACGGAGAACCUAUCCGGUUACAACAACAUUAUUGCAUAUUACCGUGGUUGGGUAUCACUUCUUCCGUUGUUCCCGGCUCUCAAUAGUAUCAAAAUACGCUACUACAGUCCCUCGGCUAGCGCGUAUUCUCCGAGUUUGUAUGAGUUUGAUACGCGAUUGUUUAAUGGUACUUUUUCAAGACUCAUGGAAACAUGUACGGCUUAUCGCACUCUCAAAUUUUUACAUGUCAAAACGUCGGAAUAUCGCUUCUCGGACCCGGCGUUGUCUUCGAGGCCGAAGAAGAUCGAACCUUUAUCGGACGAAGAUGAAGUAUUUAUGGGUCUCAACCCCGGGGAAAGUGCUCUGAAAUAUGCAACACCAGACACGAUUCCAUGCCCGGAGGCGCUUGAGGAGGUAUACUUCGAUAUCGAUUUUCGAUCAAAACCACGCGGCGAUGUUAUCGACCCAAUGCUGUUUACGAGGUCUUCAGCGAAUACGUUGAGAACGUUGGGGGUUUGGUUAGAUUUGCAUAAAGAUCGUAAUAGAAAUUUACCACUCUUUCCAGAGGGGAUAGAUCUGACGCGGAUCACGGAUUUGGGUUUGUGUCUGGACUUUUUGAACGUCGCUACGUAUCUCACUAAAGUGGGAACGAGGAUUCCUAAUGUGGUGAGCUUGAGUUUGUAUGUCGAUCAGGGAUCUGUAGGUGGAUUCUGGGAGGAAGAAGCUAUAAAGGCUUAUGGAAGGAUCGUGAGUGCCUGGUUGAGGACUUUGAAAAGGAUGAGAGUUCCUUGGUUCACCGCAAGUGGAGAUUAUGAGGGCGAGGAUGGGAGGACAGAGAGGGUUAAAUCAUGGUUCGAGACGAAUGAACUUUCGAAACUUGAGAGGGUGGUUUUGGUCAAAGACACUCCUGAAGAAUGGUUUGAAGCACAAGAUUGUUUGAUUACUAGGGUGGAACAGGCGAGGGAGUUUAAAUGGUCUGAGGUUUACUUGGCAGAGAGACUACCGCUUGAUGGAUUGUAG